AUGCGUCUACGUGAUUUAUUUCGUGGACCAUCAAAUAAUGAACGAAAGUCAACGAUUUCAUCAUCAAUUUCAUCACUCGUACCUCCACUUGAUGUAAAUGCCUUUGUCAAUGCCGCUCAAGAUAAGGAUACUGACACAUUACACAAGUAUUUGCUUUCAGGUUUCUCACCAGAUCAACCAGAUCCUUCAACAAAAUCAACAGCAUUACAUGUAGCUGUUGAAUCAGCUAAUAUACGUGCUAUUCAAAUGUUACUUCAAGCCGGUGCACAAGUUAAUGUAACUGAUGCAAGUUUUUCAACGCCACUUCAUAUUGCUGCUUAUAUGGGUAAUGAAGAAAUUGUACAGAUACUAUUGUCACAUAGUGCUGAUAUGUAUAAACAAGAUAAUACAGGACGAAAUUCUUUUCAUCUAGCUGUAUCAACUGGAAAUAAUCGAUUAAUUCAAAAUUUUAUAUUGACAACUGAUAUCGGACAAAAUAUUAUUAAUACACCUGAUGCUCAAAAUUGGACACCAUUAAUGUGUGCUUGUGCUAGUAAUCAUCCAGCAACAUGUGCACUUCUUUUAUCCCAUAAUCUCGAUCUAUGUGCAGUCAAUGAUCGUGGUAUGACAGCACUUCAUAUAGCUGCUUUUCUUGGUUCAUUACCUGUUCUUCAAGAACUUUUAACUUCAUCAUCUAAUGAUGAAAUAAUAAUUAAAGCAAUAAAUCAAGGUGAUCAUCGAAAUCAAACACCAUUAUUUUAUGCUUGUAUUGAAGGUCAUCUUGAGAUAGCAUUGACUUUACUUCGUGCUGGUGCCAAUGUCUAUCAUUUAGAUAAUGAUGAUCAAACAUGUUUACAUGCUAUGCUUUCAUCGAGUAUUAUUUUAAAACGACAUAUACGCUUAUUUUAUUAUUUUAUACAAUUUGUUGAUUAUCGUUUAAAUCAAGAUUAUCUUGGACGAACGUUACUUGAUCUUGCUUAUUUAAAUCAAUUAAAUACAAUUAUUUAUUUAUUAGUAUUACUUAAUUAUAAAACGAAUUCACAUACGAAUUAUAAUAGUGAACAUAUUGAUAAUUGUAAUAAUAAACAAAUACUUUCACUUCGUCAUAUAUGUAUUAUUUAUUUUAAACGUUCAAUUAUUUAUCAUCGUUAUCAACAACAAGCAACACAACAUGAUUUACUUGAAAAUGCUUUACAACAAACAUUUCAAAUCGUAUUACAUAAAGAUUUAACACAUAUUAAAGAAAAUAAACCAAUAGAACAUUCCAUAGGUAAAUCAUUAGAUGAUAUAACACUCUUACAACAACAACAACAACAACAACAGCAAUCUAGUAAACACCAAAAACAUGGUAAAACAAUAAAAAAUCCAGAUAAAAAAAUGAGAAAAACGUCAAGUAUUUUUUCAACAACAUCAACAAAUAAUAAAUGGUCCUCACAAACUGAUUUACAACAUACACAUUCAACAUGGUCGGUAUUCACAAAUAAAAUUAAAGGUCAACGAUUACCUCAUGUAAUAACAAAUACACAACAAAUGCCUAUAGAUGAAGAAAUAAAUACAAUACAAUUAUCAUCAAUAAAUCCAAUGAAAAAUUUAGCUUUCGAAAUGUUAACAACACCAACAAAACUUGAUAAUUUACUUGAUUUUCCUUCAUUAAAAAAUGAUUAUUUACUUAAUGAAGAUUUAAAAAUGUCAAUGAGUAAAUAUAAUUUAUUAGGAAUUGAUUUAGUAACUCAAGCAUAA